ACUGGGCUGGCUCCUCUCUCACUGCAGGAGCGCACGCUGAACUGAACAGACGAACUCAACAAAGGAACUAACAAAAGUGAAGCAGGAAGUGGAUCUAAAUUGACCUGGUGGAAGCUCUGCUAUGAAUCAGUGUGAGGACGGAGAGGAGGGAGCCCCUCCCUCUAAAAGCACUCCGUGUGGGGAACAUGAAGCUCAGAGGCCAAAGCAGCAACAUGUACCAGACUCUCCUGGGCCAGGACCUGGACUUGGACCCAGCUGUGUGUCCUUAAAGAGUGACUGGUCUAUGAUCAUACGUCAUGAUUUCAAAUCUGUAGAGAUGAGUGCUGAUGAGCGAGGUCAGAGAUCAGAGGCUCCCAUUGGUCAGUCUGCCCAGCAGCAUCAAACACAGCUGGACUCCAUAUUGAUGCUGCUCCAGGAGAACAUCAUCAGUUUUGUAAAGACCGAGCUGAAGGAGAUCCAGAGAGCUCUUAGUCCAGAUUACCCAGGAUGCUUCGAGAGUCAGAGGGAGGAUGAGGAUGAAGAGCAGAGGAGGAGCAGAGAGGCCUUUCUGGAGAUCACUCUGCACUUCCUGAGGAGAAUGAAGCAGGAGGAGCUGGCUGACUGUCUGCAGAGCAGAACUGUUCCAGGGUGCAGAUGUAAACUGAAGUCUCACCUGAAGGAGAAGUUCCAGUGUGUGUUUGAGGGGAUCGCUAAAGCAGGAAACCCAACCCUUCUGAACCAGGUCUACACAGAGCUCUACAUCACAGAGGGAGGGACUGGAGAGGUCAAUGAUGAACAUGAGGUCAGACAGAUUGAAGCAGCAUUCAGGACUCCACACAGACCAGAGACCACCAUCAGACAAGAAGACAUCUUUAAAGGCUUACCUGGAAGAGAUCAACCAAUCAGAACAGUGCUAACAAAGGGAGUGGCUGGCAUCGGGAAAACAGUCUUAACACAGAAGUUCACUCUGGACUGGGCUGAAGACAAAGACCACCACGACAUCCAGUUCACAUUCCCCUUCACUUUCAGAGAGCUGAAUGUGCUGAGAGAGAGAAAGUUCAGCUUGGUGGAACUUGUUCAUCACUUCUUUACUCAGACCAGAGAAGCAGGACUCUGCAGGUUUGAAGAGUUCCAGGUUGUGUUCAUCUUUGAUGGUCUGGAUGAGUGUCGACUUCCUCUGGACUUCCACAACAAUCAGAUCCUGACUGAUGCUACAGAGUCCACCUCAGUGGGUGUGCUGCUGACAAACCUCAUCAGGGGGAACCUGCUCCCCUCUGCUCGCCUCUGGAUCACCACAAGACCUGCAGCAGCCAAUCAGAUCCCUCCGGAGUGUGUUGACAUGGUGACAGAGGUCAGAGGGUUCACUGACCCUCAGAAGGAGGAGUACUUCAGGAAGAGGUUUAGAGACCAGGAGCAGGCCAACAGAAUCAUCUCCCACAUCAAGACAUCCCGAAGCCUCCACAUCAUGUGCCACAUCCCGGUCUUCUGCUGGAUCACUGCCACAGUUCUGAAGGAUGUGCUGAAGACCAGAGAGGGAGGAGAGCUGCCCAGGACCCUGACUGAGAUGUACAUCCACUUCCUGGUGGUUCAGACCAAACGGAAGAGCAUCAAGUACGAUGGAGGAGCUGAGACUGAUCCACUCUGGAGUCCAGACAGCAGGGAGAUGAUCCAGUCUCUGGGAAAACUGGCUUUUGAUCAGCUGCAGAAAGGAAACCUGGUCUUCUAUGAGUCCGACCUGACAGAGUGUGGCAUCAAGAUCAAGGAAGCCUCAGUGUACUCAGGAGUGUUCACACAGAUCUUCAGAGAGGAGAGAGGACUGUACCAGGACCAGGUGUUCUGCUUCAUCCACCUGAGCGUUCAGGAGUUUCUGGCUGCUCUUCAUGUCCACCUGGCCUUCACCAGGUCUGGACUCAACUUGAUGGAAGAACAACCAACGUCCCCGACCUCUAAAAUCUUUAGAGACAAACCUAAACUGAAACGUCUCCAUCAGAGUGCUGUGGACCAGGUCUUACAGAGUCCAAACGGACACCUGGACUUGUUCCUGCGCUUCCUCCUGGGUCUUUCACUGCAGACCAAUCAGACUCUCCUGAGAGGUCUGCUGACACAUACAGGAAGUAGCUCACAGUCCAAUCAGGAAACAGUCCAGUACAUCAAGAAGAAGAUCAGUGAGGAUCUGUCUGCAGAGAGAAGCAUCAACCUGUUCCACUGUCUGAAUGAACUGAAGGACCGGUCUCUAGUGGAGCAGAUCCAACAGUCCCUGAGAUCAGGACCUCUCUCCACAGAGAAACUGUCUCCUGCUCAGUGGUCAGCUCUGGUCUUCAUCUUACUGUCCUCAGAGAAAGAUCUGGACCUGUUUGACCUGAAGAAGUACUCUGCUUCAGAGGAGGCUCUUCUGAGGCUGCUGCCAGUGAUCAAAGCCUCCAACAAAGCUGUGCUGAGUGGAUGUAACCUGUCAGAGAGAAGCUGUGAAGCUCUGUCCUCAGUCCUCAGCUCCCAGUCCUCCAGCCUGAGAGAGCUGGACCUGAGUAACAACCACCUGCAGGAUUCAGGAGUAGAGCUGCUGUCUGCUGGACUGAAGAGUCCACAUUGUAAACUGGAAACUCUCAGGCUGUCAGGAUGUCUGAUCACAGAGGAAGGCUGUGCUUUUCUGGCCUCAGCUCUGACCUCCAACUCCUCCCACCUGAGAGAGCUGGACCUGAGCUACAACCAUCCAGGAGACUCUGGAGUGGAUCUGCUGUCUGCUGGACUGGAGGAACCCCUCUGCAGACUGGAUACACUGAGGGUGGGCCAUGGUGGCAAGCAGUGGUUAAAACCUGGACUGAAGAAGUAUGUCUGUGAACUCACUCUGGACUCAAACACAGCACACAGCAACCUCAGACUGUCUGAAGACAACAAGGAGGUGACACUUUUGGGAGAGGAUCAGUCAUAUCCUGAUCAUCCAGACAGAUUUGAGGCCUGGUUUCAGCUGCUGUGUAGAGAUGGUCUGACUGGUCGCUGUUACUGGGAGGUCGACUGUAGAGGAGAGGUUUUUAUAUCAGUGAGUUACAGAGGAAUCAGAAGGAAAGGAUACAGUACUGACUGUGUGUUUGGACUUAAUGAUCAGUCCUGGAGUCUGAUCUGCUCUGAUAGAGGUUACUCUGUCCGUCACAAUAACAUAAAAACAGUCCUCCCUCUCUCCUUAUCCUCUGACUCUCACAGAGUAGCAGUGUAUAUGGACUGUCCUGCUGGCACUCUGUCCUUCUACAGAGUCUCCUCUGACUCUCUGAUCCACCUCCACACCUUCAGCACCUCCUUCACUGAACCUCUGUAUCCUGGGUUUAAGUUGUGGCCUGGUUCCUCAGUUUGUGUGUGUUCAGUGUAGCAGGGAGAGUCUCCUCCUCUCUACACACACACUACACAAACUAACACACACACACACACACACACACACACACACACACACACACACACACACACACACACACACACACACACACACACACCCUUCAGCUGAUGAUGUGACUGUGUGUCUCAGCAGUAUGAAUGUCUGUUAAUAAAGAGCACGACUCAAUGGAAACCUG